AUGCUUCCUUCCUCACCAUCAUUCCUAUCUUCGUUUGACCCCGCCCUUCACCUCCACUCCGAAGGUCCUGGCAACACAAACCCACCGUCCGAAUCGUUCGACGACGAUCUCGAGGCAAUCCAUUUGCACCGCCGCGAACAAACCCGCAACCGAGUCGUGAUUCAACAUCGAGCGUGGGAUCUGUCUGAUGUGUUUCGCAGCGAAGACGACAUACGAUCUGGUCCGCGAUCUCAAGCCCACAUUGCCUGGAGUAGUGGCACUGACAACCAUAUAGUAGAUACGCCGACGAAGAACGUUACGACCCCGAGAGCAUUUUCUCCCACUCCUGCUCGAAACCUCUCUUUCAUGCCAUCCUCGCCGCCCGUUUCGAGAAUGCCGUUUAUAGCGUCUCCGGGCGCGCUUGCCCCCACAUCUGGCAAUGCGACCAACGAUUCGCAGAAGAGGAAAGUCACAAAUGCGGAGGGAGGCGCGCAGCCGACGGAGCCGAAGCGCCAGCGCAUGGUUGGAGGCUUCGUUGAUGAUGAUGACGAUGAUGACGAAGACGACCUGGCUGCUUUCCGGGACGAGCAGCUGAAGAAUCAAUAUGACCUGCCCGGGCACUUCUUCCAGGAGCCUCCGGCGGCACUCCCUAGUAUACUGGCACCGCCGCCGGCAUCUACGAAAUUGAACGGGACGACCAAUGCUACACCUAGCUCCUCUAGAACACUAUUACAACUGACACCUCGGCCCGCUCCAACGGCUCCCAAGAGGUUCCAGAUCAAGACUUGUGCAGGCAAGACCCAUAAUGUCCCGCAAAGGAAGGCCCAGGCCCCCGUUUCCUAUAAACAAAUGAUCGCCAAUCGGUCCGAGACAGAACCUGGAAAGGCGACGAAGAGCUAUUACGGUAUCGACAUCCACAAAUUGCUGGAUGAUGCCGCCAAGGACAAAAAGCCCGCGAGCACAGUCCCUCAACCCCAAGUCCAGCAAACGAUCGAAACGAACAACGUGAGCUCAAAGCAGAAGAAGAUAGACUCUGCAAUGUGGACAGAGAAAUACCGUGCUCGUAAAUUCACCGAUCUCAUUGGCGAUGAACGCACCCAUCGAUCAGUUCUACGCUGGCUCAAGGGGUGGGAGUCAAUUGUAUUCCCUGGUCUAGCCAAGUCUCGACCGAAGAAGCCUGCCCAGGAGGAUGAAGAAGAGUACAUCCAUCGAAAGGUACUCUUAUUGAGUGGCCCUCCCGGACUUGGAAAGACGACAUUAGCGCAUGUAUGUGCUAAACAGGCUGGCUUCGAAGUGCUUGAGAUCAAUGCAAGUGAUGACCGCAGCAGGGAUGUGGUCAAAGGCCGCAUUCGUGAUGCGCUGGGAACCGAGAAUGUCAAAGGUAUGAAUGUGGAGGUUGGUGAUAAAAAGGUCCGCCGUGCCGGUAAACCCGUAUGUGUCGUGGUGGACGAAGUCGACGGUGUCACUGGUGGUUCUGGAAGUGGUGGUGAGGGCGGUUUCAUGAAGGCCCUCAUUGACCUUGUUUUGCUCGACCAACGGAACGCGAAAUGGUCCUCCGAGGGCAAUAAUGGCAAGAAGCGCAAGGGUGACAACUUCCGAUUCAUGCGGCCGUUAAUUUUGGUCUGCAAUGACCUCUAUCACAGCAGUCUCCGACCUCUCAGGGCAUCAUCCAUUGCAGAGAUGAUCAAUGUCCGCCAAGCACCAUUGGAGAAUGUUGUUCAACGAGUCAAGGUUAUAUUCGGCCGCGAAGGCAUCCCCUGCGACAGUGAUGGGGCUCGAAGGCUCUGUGAAGCAGCCUGGGAAUUUGUGGCGCACAAGCUUCGAAACGAGUCGUUGCCAUCCUCGCUCAGACUGACAAGGAACUGGCUGGAGACUCGAGUCCUCAAUGCAUCGGCCGAGGGUAGCGCGUUCUUCAAAGAGUUAAGUCGUGGGGGUGUUCGUGAAAUUGUGAACCGCGUGUUCACAGAAGGAGCUGGCUUCUCAGAUGCUCCUGUUGGCAUGAGUUUCCAAGAUCGCUUUGAUACCACCAACAGCCGUGUUCCUGUCGGCGUGGCGGAUCUGCGCAAGCGACACGCAAUCAACCGAUUGCGGGAAAUGGUUGAUUCCAGCGGUGAUCAUGACCGCUGUGUAUCUGACUGUUUCGCUUCAUAUCCCAUCCAGCAAUACCAGGAUGAUAAUUAUUUCUCCAAACCCAAUGCCGCCCACGACUGGCUUCAUUUCCAUGACUCAAUCAGUUCGAAAGUCCAUUCCUCCCAAGAGUGGGAACUGAUUCCAUACCUCAGCCAGUCGGUUGUCGCAUUCCAUCAUCUAUUUGCUACAGCUAUGGGCAGAACCACCGAUGAUGACAAGAACGAUGAUGACGAGGAAGCCGAAGAGCCCCACCCUUUCUCAGGACCCAAAGCCGACUUUGCUGCCUUCGAAGCACAAAAGCAGAACCGCGCGGCCAUGACUGCAUUCCACGCCUCCUUUUCGGCACCUAUGGCUCGCAUUUUCCGGUCGAAUGAAAGUAUAAUCACAGAUCUAGUCCCUUACUUGAUCCGCAUGCUAUCACCAGAUGUCAAGCCGGUCAUCAUCCGUGGAAACGGAGAGCAGAGAAGCACCGCCACCGUUCGUAAAGAGUCUGAACGUGCGCUUGUCCAGUCUACCGUGCGUGUUAUGACCGGGAUGGGCGUGACUUUUGAAAGAGUCCGAGUGGAACAUGAAGGAAACCACGGUGGAUGGGCGUAUAGAAUGGAACCACCAAUUGAUUCGCUUGUGGUCUUCUCGAAGAUCAAAGGUAGCACCAUCGAGGCUUCUGGCGGUACAGCGCCGGUGCGGUAUGCCGUCCGCCAGGUGCUAGACCAAGAGUAUCGCAAGGCAACGACGCGCAAACAGUCUGAUGCCAUGAGCGCAUCUAGACUCGGCGCCAAGGGCCCCAGAUAUACCGACGAGACGGCCGCAGCCAAAGCAAUCAGGGAAGCGGCUGUCAAACGCGAUUUCUUUGGUCGGCUGGUUGAGCAACCUGCGCCACAGCCUAAUGAUCCAAACAGCGUAGAUGGCUUUGUUGAUGAGUCGUCUAAGGCUGGACGGAAAGUCUGGGUUACUUUCCACGAAGGCUUCUCGAAUGCGGUCCGGAAACCGAUAUCUAUGGGAGAGUUGAUGGCUGGGUUGUAA